CAACAGCUCCCACAAUCACACUCAGACAAUCAAGAGCUUCAACGAGAGGUGGCAGAAAAAGGCCAAGAAAUCCUUCGACUACAGCAACAACUAACAAGAGCCAACAAACGUUUGACAAGAACUAAUAAAGAGCACGAAGAGCUGAUAGCAGCCCUCAGACAACAAUUGGAACUAACACUAUCUGACACAGAGAACCAACAGCUGGUAGGAACCCUCAGAGGACAAGUGGACGUCCUCCAACGUAGAGUGGCCUCUCUCUCAGCCACCAAUCGUAACAGCCACACUCAGGAGGUGGAGUUCUGGCAGGUGUCUCCAGAGGAGGUGUCUAUUAGAGAGGACGAGAUUCUUGACCGAGGGGCCUGGGGCUACGUUGCCAAGGGAACCUUUAGAGGAACAACGGUGGCCGUUAAACGAGUGUAUCCUGAAAUCCUACGACAGACUACGAUGGAUCGAAUUCGUCGUGAGAUUCGCACCAUGGCUCAGAUCCGCCACCCCAACCUUGUGCUCUUUGUUGCUGCCGUCCUCAACGAGCAAACAGGUCCCAUGAUUGUCACAGAGCUCCUGGAUACCUCUCUACGUUCUGCCUACCAGGACAAUCGUGUUGGUCCCAACAAGCGAAGGAUCUUUGGAGACAUCUCCUCAGCUCUGGUUUAUCUCCACCGACAGAGGGAACCCAUUAUCCACAGAGAUGUGAGCUCUACUAAUGUCCUCCUUCUCUCUCUACCCAACAACAAAUGGCUUACCAAACUCUCUGACUUUGGAUCAGCCAACCUAGCUCGAGACGCCACUACUCUUGGAGAAGGUGCUAUCCUGUACACUGCCCCUGAGGCCUAUCCUCAUCCACCUACGUCAUCUCAACCACCACCACAACAGACGACAAAGAUCGAUGUGUACAGUUUUGGAGUGCUUGCUUGUGAAGUGGUGACUCGAACAUUUCCGAAAUCUGAACUGUUGCUGCGUCUGCUAUCGAGUAUGGAAGGUGUAUGGCGGGAGCUCUACCCACUCAUCACCUCCUGUGUCUCUCACUCCCCUCAGGACAGACCCUCCAUGGACACUGUGCUACACCACAUCAAACAAUUGGACUCGGAGCCUUAGGACAUUUAGUGUCAUUUCUAUGUGUGAUGUGUCUCUCCAUUGAUGCACUGAUAAGUACUGGACCUCCUAAGACUAGCAAUAUAAUUAUAGUGAGAUGCAUCUAUAAUGAAUUAUUUUUGUGUGAAAUAA